CUGAGACAUAAGUGACAGCUAAAAGUCGUUGCUAUAAUAGUAUGGCCUGUUCUCGCUGUUGCCCAACACAAAGUACUUCUCAACGGCGUACUGAUGGGAUCGUCACAACUCACGAUCCCCACAUGGACUCUGUGACCAAGUUGCCAUCGCUGGCUUCACUGGAAGACACUUUGCAUGUAAAUCAAAGCGAAGCCCUCCAAGCACGCAAUCUCGCGACAGCAGUUCAUGAAUCUACCUCAGCACUCGAUCGGGUACACAUAUAUCUAGAGCAGUUCCUGGCAGUCCGCGUCGAAGCAUACGCGCAACAGGGCAAAGUCGUAAAGGUGUACAGUGACGCCGUAUUUUUUGUCGACAACUUCCCAGGCUAUUUGAGAGCAAAUGUUAUCGCCACACGUAUUCUUAUCGACACAUUAUUCUACCUCUCCAAUGAAGCUCACCAUAUGCUUGAAAAGCGUAUGGACAUGAUGCUCACCGUGAUCCUAAACGAGCUCUCUUUUGAAUCCUGCGAAUUACGAACAGAAUACAACGGGGGUGUGGAUCUAGCAUGGCACUUGGAUGCGUGCUAUGUCUUGAACAAUACUCGUCCACCUACGAUCGUUAUGACUACAUCCAGCUCAAGAAGCCUGACACAUGUUACGACACAGGCGCAGCAACAGAAUAAUGAACGGUAUCAGCAACAGGAUCGCUUUACUACGCCGAAUGUGUUACCGUUUGAGGUGUGGCGAACGAUAUUGGAGUAUAUCACACCUUCACAACUGCUUACUCUUACACAAGUAUCCACGGCUCCCAUGGAAUCCAUGGAAACCAAUAUCAGCAAAGUACGAGAAACGGCUGGUGACUUUGAAGCCAUAGUCACUCGAUUGCUUCAGCAGCACCAGAAUCAACCCACCUGAUGCGUCAAGCAUCACGAGCAACAGAUCCAGGAAGUACGGUGGCAAUAAUAAGGGAGGACCUUGAAUAGCUUCAAAGGACAGCAGAUGAUCCGCGUUUACGCAAAGAUCAUCCGAACGCCACUCAAGAGGGGAUCAACACGUUAGCUAUAUGCCGCUAUAUGCGGCGAUGGCUCCAAGAAUGUCGCUGGAACGACAUUGUAGAUGAUACA